ACUCUGCUUUUCUUCUUGAGCUCCGAGGGCGGAGCGAAGCCCGAGAGGUGCCGGCCGUAAUUUGUGCACUCAGUUCGCUGAGUCGCCCUUACUCCGUUCGCCACUCGACCGCGCUGCAUUUCGCUGCAUUUUCCGGCUGAUUUAGAGCUGGAUUGAGGUCCGAUCUGGGCCUUUUUCGCACUUUGAGCUGUGUUUUGUAUGAAGUUCUUCAGGUUUUGCUCGCAGGGUUCUGCUAGCUGCAUUUCUGGGUCGUAAGCUUUGCGGAGUGUCUUGCGGAAGCUUUUGCGAUUGUAUUCGAUGUAUCUAUAAGGAGGAUCGGUGAGAAUUAGAGCUGCAUAGUUCGGAAACGGGCAAGAUGCUGGUUAGAAGAGGCGAUCGUCUCUGUAUGAGUCGUGUCAGCAUCGUACACGUCGUGCUGAGUGUAGUUUCCCUUUUACUACUCGCGAAAGACUCCGUUGCAGUGCCGAAUUUGCGGGGUAUUGCUCCACAAGACGAGAGGUACUUUCAGACUGCCAUUAUAAAAUGUAAGGAUGGUACGAAAUCCUUUCCUCAAGAACGCCUCAACGACGACUUCUGCGACUGUGUAGACGGGACUGACGAGCCAGGAACGAAUGCAUGUCCGGAGUCAAAGUUUUACUGCAAAAAUCUGCAACAUCGAGCUCUAGUAAUUUUUUCUUCUCGAGUGAACGAUGGAAUUUGCGAUUGCUGUGAUGGAAGUGAUGAGUACGACGGAAAAGUAACAUGUGGUAACACUUGUUGGGAAGCCGGCGAGAAGUCAAGAGAAAAGCUGAAGAAGAAGCUUGGAGUUUUCAAAGACGGUUCAAUCAUAAGGAAACAAGAUGUUGAAAAGUCGAAGGAGGCACGUCAUCAACAUGAUGAAGAACUCAAGCAGGCGAAGCGAGAAGUGAAGAAACUCGAGUCUGUGGUGGACAAACUUAGAGCCGAUAAAGAAGCAGUAGAGAAGGAAGAGAAGCGGGCACGGGAGGAGAAGGACAGAAUAGAGAAAGAGGAACGUGAGAGAAGGGAAAGAGAGAGUGCACCUGCAAAGGAAGAAUCUCUGGAAGCGGUUGACGUCUCAGAUGAAGUAGAAGGACACGCAGAACACUCCGAAAUUACGAAACCUGCUGAGGAGGAGGAGGAGGAGGAGGAGGUCUUGGAUAGUGCACUAGACCCAUCUAAUAAAGAGGAAGAUGAGCUGGCGGAUUUGACUGAAGAAGAACGUGGAAGAGUGAUUGCGUCUCGCUGGACAGGAGAAGAUAUCAGUGACAUCAAGGCUAAAGCGGAGGCAGAGUCUAAGAAUCAUCCCGAUUCUCACGAUGAUCAUGAUGAUCAAGACGAUAGUGGUGAUGAAGCUGAUGAGUCCCAUGACGAUGAAGAAGAUGAUGAUUACGGACACCCAUCCUAUGGACAAGAUUCUUUAUUGCCAACCAGUUCUCAAUCUCUCGGUGGGGACGAGUCAUGGUGGUCAAAGCUCAUGAUUGGACCGAGUGCAAUUUUGAAAAUGUUCGGCUUUGCGGGUCGUGAACCUGUCGAUAUAUCUGAGGCUGAAAGGAUACGGAAGGAGUUUCGAGAAGCUUCGGACAAGCUCUCAAAUACGCAGUCGAAGGUGUCUGAUCUUGAAAAUAGGUUGAAACAAGACUUCGGGAAAGACGGCGAGUUUUACUCCUUCUACGACAAAUGCUUUGAGCUCAAAGAUAAGAAGUAUACGUAUAAAGUGUGCCCAUACAAGGAUGCCACGCAGGUGGAAGGACAUUCGACGACGCGAUUAGGACGCUGGCAAGGUUUUAAGGAUGACUACACCAACAUGGUGUUUGAACAAGGCGAUAAGUGCUGGAAUGGUCCUGAACGUAGUCUACGGGUGAAAAUGCGAUGUGGAACAAAGCUGGAACUUCGUUCCGUGAAUGAACCAAGCCGCUGCGAGUAUGUGGCUGAGUUUAGUACUCCAGCGUUGUGUUUAGAAUCGAGAGUGCAGGAACUGGAACAGCAACUAGUACAUCCGAAUGUUUCGCCAGACAAUGGUCAUGAUGAACUCUAGAGCAUGUUUUCCAAUUCAUAGUUGGGAUAGAGCACUCUAGAGCACCUGAGUAUUGUCCAUGCUUUUGACAGUCUGUCAUUGUAUAUCGGUGCGAUCAGGACAAUGAUGAACUUUCUUGUCAGUGUUUAAAUCCCAGAUCCAGUGAAGUAUGUUUUCGAGCCAAGUUUACUUCGUCAUGAGUAUUGGCUCUGAACAUCGUCAGAGUAUCAAAAUCAUGUAGAAGAUCAGGAGAUAAAUGUCGUUAGAGAAGACACUAGACUAAAUCAUUUUGGCUUUUUAGUCUAAUGUGCUAUAGCUUAGGUUUCAAUCAGACAGGCCGCAUUCAGUUCAAUGAUGAGUUAUCAAAGUUGAGUUCGCGCUGAAAUGGUUCACCUGCCGAAGAUUUGUUAAGCGGAACCAUAGCGGAGGACACCAGUAGUGUUUCGGGGUCAUAUUUUUAAGGCCUCGAUACAAGUUCACUGGGAAAUGAACUUGUAUGGAGCUCAUUUCCUAGUGAUGGACAAAGCACAACGAACUUUAGUAGGUUGUGAUCACCGUAAACCGGUCAUCGCUGGUGUUCACAUCGGCAUUUAUUUAUAAUCGAAGGAGUUGUUUCACGUU